AUGGAUAAUGUUGGAUCACCAGCGGCCUCAUCUUGCGACAGCGGAUCGGAUUCAGACGGAUUUGUCCACGUUUCGAGCGGGGAGGACUUCGUCAUGGUGCAGUCGUCAAAGAGGUCUCGGGCGGAGGCAGGCGCAGCCCCAGCAGCAGCAUCAUCGGUGGGGGUAGAUGCCGCAGGUCCCGCUGGUCCCGCAGGUCCCGCAGGUCCCGCGGGUCCCGCAGGUCCCACCGUUGGCACCGGUGGCGGUGUUGGUACGGCUUCGCACAACAGCGACCAGCAGCCUGCUACUUCUAUUAGCCGUCCUACGGCUUUCGCUAGGAAAUUGGCGUCAUCCAUCGACCGCAGUCACGCAGCCGCCACCGAGGCCGCCACCACCGCGGCCAAAGCGGCCACCGCCAACAUCACCGGCCCGUCUUCACCACCCGGCCCUUAUUACCCACGCCUCCACCAGCUCCAGCAAAAACGUCCUCCACGAACGAAGGUAGCCGCGGUGUCCCCGGAGGCGCCCCGCCUCCCUUCGCACUACGUGGAGCGGUGGGCCCUGCUCGAGAAGGUCGUCAACGAGCUCAUCGGCAAGAAGCAUCUCGACAACCGUCACGCCAGGAACAGCAGCACCACCAAAAGCGGCGACAACCAACUUCACAAUAAUUCCACAAUCGACAACAACGGGGGUAACACGAACACCAGCGGCGACGAGCAUGUUAUCGGAAACAACAACAACGGCGACGGUCGCGAGAGUGCUGCCUACGCCCUGCUCGGUGACAGCGGGUCGGGGAAGACCGUUCUGGCGUCGGCCAUCGUCUCUCACCCCGAGGUCCGCAGAAAAUUCUGGCGAGGAAUCUUCUGGGUCAGCCUUGGACGUGCGGGUGUGACGAGAGCAACGGCAGGCACAGGAGGAGAUCUGCUGAGAGCUGUGUUUCACGCUCUGGCUGCGCAGGUGGUUGCGAUAGCCCAUCCGCUCCCAGCCAACAGUGACGAAGCCGCCGCCGCAACCGCACUCCUUGCCCGGCCAGCAAGCCCUGGGGAAACCCUCAAGCAGCUGGCCUCCUCGAAUGGGGGUUCACGGCUGGGGGGGCAGAGCCGACUCCUCGUUCUUGACGGCAUCAGCGAGAGCUUCACCGACAACGUCAACGCCGUGGCCGAGCUGCAAAGGGCCGGGUUUGUGGUGCUGGUGACCGGCGAAAAGCCGUGCGCGCUGUCGCUCCUGCAGAGCAAGCGGACAUCGUCGCCAGCAAAGCCGGAGGCUGGCUGGGACCUAGGGAACGGUCGUUCCACACCGCAGCACUGCCGAUUCCACGUCAGUGUGCUGCAGGCCGUGACGCCAAACGAGGCGGUGGAGAUGCUGCUGAAGAGGGUGAGGCGGCCGGGUGGGGCGGCAAUUGCGUUGGAGGCGACGACACCCGCAGCUUGGGCGGAGCAGAAGGCCGGUGAUGCUGGUGACCCGGGCGUCGACGCGGCGACCCGGGCGUCGUUCGAGUCGUGUGCUCUACAGGUAGUCAAUGACUGCGGAGAGAUCGCACCGCUGGCUCUCGCUAUCGUCGGCGCAGUAGUAGCCGGCCAGGAUGAGAGGGGUGGCAGGCGGGACAACUCGCCGCCCUGCGACUACGCUGAACGCUGCCGUCAGAUCGAGCGGCAACUCAUCCGGGAUCAUGAUCGUUGUGGCGACGGCUACGCUUUGAGCAGGGUGAUGGAGUUGGGGUUUGGCGCGCUCCCUGGCGACAAGACGAAGGACUGCUUCGUUAGGCUGGGGGUGUUGGCGGAGGGAACCGUGGCUCCGCUCGACAUGCUGUCCAACCUUUGGGGGCAGGAUUCAGAGCAAGACAUCGUACGGACCGUCAACGAGCUCCUGGAGAAAUCAUUCCUCAUCGAGAUGCACCCGGGAAGCCGCUGCUACAGCAUCCACAACCGCGUCCUCGCCUUCGCCAAGACCAAGCUCCUCCGCGCCGGCUCCAGGCCCGACGGGGUCGUCGGUUGCCACUGCUACCUUGGAUUGGACAACGCAGCAGCGCCAACAACGGCAAGGAGCACGAGGGAGGUCGCCGUGGCCAAUCAGGAGACAUUCGCGUGCGUGCCGGCGGCGUUUGGCUACUGGGCAGCAGCGAAGCUGCUCCAGCUGCAGGGAUUCCUUGAAGAUGCCAAAACAAUGGCGAGGAAGUCUGUACGCAUGGGGCACGCUCUCUACUAUGCUGACGCGGCCCAGGCCGAACGACUUUUCUCCGAAUCCGCGCUUCUCAGGGUGCAAAAGGGCAUUGACGACGAAUUGGUCGAUCGGUAUAAGAAGGGGUUGGAGUCUGUCAAGCUGAGCUACGGAUGUCGCCACCCGGCCGUGGCGUCCGCUCUCAACAGCCUUGCCCGUGUGGAGCUGGAGCAGCACAAGCCUAUCCUGGCCGGUGUUUGCUACAGAGAAGCGGUGAGGGUGCUGGACGACUCUCUUGGGGAUGACCAUCCGAUGGUGGCGAAGGCUUUGAUCGAUGCGGCGGAAGCGGAAAUGAAGCAAUUCGUGUCGCUCCCUCAUGAGAAGGAAAAGCUGCUACUCCUCCGUGCUCACGUCGGCGAGCUGUGCUCAAGGGCCCUGUCUAUAUAUGACAAUGACCUGGGGACGACAGGGAUCAUGGAUCCGUGCGAAAAGGCCACGUCCUUCGUUCGCUUGGCUCACAUGUUGGAGGAGCAGGGCAACGUCAAAGAGGCGGAGCGGCUGUGCCGGGCGGCGCUACGCACCCUGGAGGAGGAAAGCCACCUUGGGCCCGAUCACGUGCAUGUGGCUGCUACUCUGGUCACCCUAGCUGACCUUCUCGCCAGCAAGGAGAAGCCCCAAAAUCCACCCUUACACAAGCAUCGACCGGACGAGACCACCGAGCUCCUCCGCCGAGCUGUUGGCAUCGGAGAAAGCUGGUUUCGUAACGACCUGGCGCAUGAAAAGCUGGCCCUUUGGCGCAACAAGCUUGCUGUUGCUUACACCGACCAGGGAAAGCAUAUCGAAGCCGCCUCGCAGUACCUGAAGGUGAUCGAGAAGUGCAAGGAAGAGCCGUCUAUCGAUCAAAAGGCGAUCGUCAACGUGGCCCACGGGGGACUCAACACGCUCGCAAGUAUCGCCAACUUCGAUGAGAUCAUGACCCAAUUCAUGAUCUACAGCAGUGGUGACCGGCAGACACGCGCCAGUGGCGACAAAGCGGAAACAGCGACAUCGGCGGCGACGGCAGCGACGACUCCCCCGUACCCGCCCAUGUCCGCUGCAGCUCCGGGCGUCUUCGGGGCCACCAACGAGGCACCGGUCUGCGCCAACAACAACACAGCGCAGACAGCGACAUCGGCGGUGACGGCAGAGACAACGCCCCCGUACCCACCCAUGUCCGCGGCAGCUCCGGGCAUCUUCGGGGCCAUCGACGAAGCACCUGGAGUAGCGGCCACGGCAGAAGCAACAGUGCCGACAACCCUUGGCGCCAGCACGUCCACAAUGGGCGGUGGCAGAGAAGCGGCGGAACCUUUGUCCCACGAGCAGGGCAGGGAGGACGACCAGCCCGGUGAGAGUGUCCAGGGAGAGAGUGGCGAGAGUGAAGAAGAGGAGGAGGAUGAAAGCGGCUGCGAAUGGGAAGAUGAUCCAGAUGGAGAGAGCGAGUACGCCGAGAGAAGGGUAGACGACCGGAAACACGAGGACAACUGCGGCGACAAGAACGGCUUGAGGGGUGGUGACAACAACGAUGACGAGCAGAAAUCGCUGGAAGCUGCUGUGUUCUACCUCUACGCAAACAACCCGCGGAAUCGAUUCGCCGACGAGAUUCAGAUCCCGUUGGGUGAGGACGAGAAGGAAAUCAUGGACCCAGGCCUGCAAGAGGCCUUGUCGCUCAGCAUUCGAGACAUGUCGUAA